CUAGCCGAACUCUUAUCAGUCUCAAUAAGAAGACCGAAAUUUGGCCCAAGUCGAGACAGUUUCAUUUACGAUGUUGUUGUUUGCGAUUCUUGCCGGCCUUCUGGCCCUGGCGCUCUUCCAAGCGUAUCAAACCCGGCAGCGCGUGCUACGCUACACCCGCAAGUUCGGAUGUCCCGAACCGCACUGGUUGUUCGGUCACCUACUGAACUUCCCCAAAGAUCCCGUCGGUAUCACCAUGCACACCAUCGAGAUCCAGAAGCAGUACGGGCCCGAUACGGUGCUGUGGCGGCUGGGCAACGACCACCAGCUGAUCAUCGGAACGGCCAAGAACGCCGAAAAGGUGCUGAUGCCGAAGGAUACCGCCAAAGCGAACGUGUACGGCUUCGUGGAACCCUGGCUCGGCAACGGACUGCUCAUCUCUACCGGCGAAAAGUGGUUCCAGCGAAGAAAGAUCAUAACCCCAACGUUCCACUUCAAAAUCCUCGAAAGCUUCGUCGAAGUGUUCAACAAGGAAACCGACGUGCUGGUGAACAAUCUGCGCACGCACGUAGGCAAAGGCGAGUUCGAUAUCUACGACCCCAUCUCGCUGUACGCCCUGGACAGCAUCUGCUCGACCUCAAUGGGAGUCCACAUAAACGCACUGGCCGAACCCACCAACCAGUACGUAAGUGACGUGAAAACAAUGUCCGAGCUGGUCCUGAAGCGCAUUUUCCACCCCUUGAAUCCGUACCCCAAACUGUUCUGGCUCACCACACCGAACGCACGUGAGCAGCGCAAGCUUAUCGCCCGGCUUCACCAGUUUACCGACUCCGUUAUCAAAAAGCGACGCCAAGAGAUGGCGAACCAACCAAAAGAACCCGAACCGACAGAUCCAUCCACCGAUCUGUACAGCAAAAAGCGACAAACCUUCCUGGACCUACUCCUCAACGUCACCGUCAACGGUCGGCCCCUCUCCGAUUCCGACAUUCGCGAAGAAGUGGACACGUUCAUGUUCGAGGGUCACGACACCACAACCUCGGGCAUUUCCUUCACCAUCUACCAGCUGGCAAAGCACCAGGACAUCCAGGAAAAAGUCUACCAGGAAAUCCUUUCCCUUCUCGGCGCAGAAGACAGCAAAACCGCACCCCUUAACCAAAACACCCUCCAAAACUUCAAGUACCUCGAAAUGGUCCUCAAGGAAGCGAUGCGAAUCAUGCCCCCGGUGGCCUUCAUCGGGCGUAAAAUCCAAGCGGACACCGAAAUGAACGGAGUGAUAGUCCCCGCCGGAACCGACAUCACCGUGUCGAUCCGUCAAAUCCACCGCAACCCGGCAAUCUACCCCGAACCGGACCGCUUCGAUCCGGAGCGCUUCUCCGAGCACGCCGAGCACAAGCGCGGUCCGUUCGACUACAUUCCGUUCAGCGUGGGAUCGCGUAACUGUAUCGGCCAGCGGUACGCCAUCAUGGAGAUGAAGAUUACCCUGAUUAGGCUGUUGGCGAACUACAAGAUUCUGGCCGGGGAAUCGCUGAACGAUUUGCGCUUCAAGAUGGACCUUGUGCUGCGGCCGGUGGAUGGGAUUCCGAUAAGGGUGCAGGCAAGGAAGUGAGGCUCGAUUAAUGUUUCAAUAAAAGUCAGGUUUUGUAGCCAAAUUUUAUAAAACUAGUCUUAAUGAAUAAAA